AUGGCUAUUUCCUUAGAACGGCUUCACGCAACAUUUUAUCCAUUCAGGCAUCGCUUUGUGAGGAAAUGGGUUCAUAGAGCCAUAACUAUUGUCAUUUGGUUUAUAGCUAUUGUUAGAGAAGCCGCUCAAAUUUUCUUAUUGGAAAUUGUUGAUGUAGUGGUAAUUGAUACUUACUUGUAUAUCUUAUUUUAUGCAGUUUCUCUAUUAAUUAUCUGUGUAUCUUACAUCCUCGUUGUUAUCAAAGUACGAUGUAGUCGUCAUCCUCAAUUCCAUUCUAGGUCCAAAAGAGAAAGAAAACUGACGGGUACUGCGCUUAUCGUUUCCCUUGUAUCUUUACUUUGUCUUCUACCCGCGAUGAUAUAUGUAGCAUGUCGUCACAUUUCCUUCACUUGUUUGAUGAAUGUUCAUAUUAAUUUGGCUACGCUAAUUCUAUUCUUAGCUAACUCACUUGUAAAUCCUAUAAUUUACGCUCUUCGGAUGCCAGGAUUCAGAGAAGGUUUAUUACAGCUAGUUUACAGGGUCCCUAACCUUUCUCGUGUCGCCCCAGCAAACCUGCCUCUUCGUAACCUUUAGAGAGCGUAGAUAAAUGGUAGCAAAACUAUUGAUGAAAUUUGUCAUUUAAAUAACUUCAACUUCUUAGCCGAGCGACAUGUAUUUCUAUUUCAGUUUUUGGUUUCCAUUUAAUUCUUAACAUGAGUCAGGAAUAAUACGCUGGUGAUAUACGAAAAGAUGAUCGACACAGUAUAGUUUUGCCUGUGAAUAAAAACAGUUUACUCAACUUACUCUACGUUGUGAUCAUUUGCAUGACAGCUAGACUUUAACCAAAGUAAACGCAAGUUUUAACAAACCCCAGAUGAAUAACUUAGAGUGACUUUCUUACCCCUUCCCCACCCCUAUAUGUUGAUGAGACUGCGUGAACAUGGAAAAAUUCUUCUAUUGCUUUAUGGAAAAGCACCAUGCGCAAAGCAAAGCAAAGCAAAAAUGUGCGCGAAUUAAACCUCUUAAAUAACCACUGCUGGUAUAUGGACGGGAAAGUUUUACCGGGAACCCAAACUCUCACGCACACAAUCUUAGUAUCAAUACGACCACCACGUCCAGGAACCGAGUGACGUAUUUAUUGUAUGUAACACGUGGUAUGGUGAUAUGGAGCAACGAGAAAACCAAAAUUUUCAAGGAAUUUGUCGAAAGUUGCGACUAAACAAAGGUCAACUUUUCAUGUGUCCGUGAUGAAAAGCCUUCAAAGGUUCGUGGCAAAAUGAGGCUGAAAACAAAAGUAUCUGAUAAUUUUAGCCAGAGUCAGUAAUCGAAUUUUCAUUAAACUUACAAGACCAGUGAAGAUAUAUCUUGGUUUAACUGACGAUGUUAUUGUUGAGCCUUUUUAUAAUUUGGGCACCAGGAAUUUUGUUUUUAUUAAUACCCAGGUUUACAAUCUCAACCACUUAACAAAUAGAGAAGCCUCGCCUGUGCUCUGUUCUGUUGUAAAGCACGCAGCAAACGGCUAGAGCACGAAAGAAGUGUCGUAGAAACACGAGGCGUAGUCGAGUGUUUCUCCCCACUUCUUUGCGUGUUUAUAAACACGCAAACUCUCGGUAAGGUAUUUUUUUUGUCAGCAAAAGAGUCCAAAAUACAAACACAAUAUUUGACUUAUCACUUAUAAUUAUGUCAUUCCAUGAUGACAUGCGAUGUAAAUGCAAACGUACGGUCGUAGAUCCAAAUUUUUUCGGCUUGAUGGGUUACUACUAUUUUGUAUAAUUAUGGGGCUACGCUCUGCGAGCUCCGCUAUUACACGUACUUCAAAUCGUGUAAUAGCCUAAGUCGAUGUGUCAUCUUGGAACUUAAGAACAUCUCGGAUAAAUGGUUGGAAAGUAGGAAGGAUACUUGAAUUUGAAUGUUUUCAGGCAGCGAAUAUUUAAUUUGCUAAAAAAGAGCUUGUGCCAUCGGAUUUUGCGUUCUUUUAAAAUAUAGCUAAGGACGAAUAAGUGAAAUGAGGAAAAGAGCCAAGCUUCUUUUCGCAAUAACAACGACAUAAAGGUUCAGCUUACAUAAAUUAAUAUCCUGUUACUUUAUUCAAACCGAGGAAACUGAACUCUCUUGUUAUCGUCACUGACAAUCCUGGUACGAAGUGUUCGUGAUAAAAAUUGCAAUACUGAUCUAAGCUGACUAGCCCAAUCCGAAUCAAGUAACACCUUGCCGCAAAAGCCGCCAUAGUGAAUGACUUCUGAAGUUGACGCACAAACUCCUGAAAUAUAGAUGAGAUACAUCGCUGGUUUUCACAACAAUGAAUAGAAUAAACAACUUAGCGAUAUGGCAUCUGUAGCACUUUCAUUUGCACGACGAAGUGAAACCUUUAAUAUGACGUUUAGUUUGUUUACUUGUAAUGUGAAAUACAUCCAUCACCGUGGGCUGAAUCACAAGCAGCGUAAAACGAAGCAAACAUCUCAUUCAAAACAUAAACAUAAACUGUUGGAAGGAAAAAGCGAAAGAAUUACUUGUAGUGGCAAACACCUUUGUUGCUUCCCUUAGAAUUAGAUUUCUCAUCCAGGUUUUCGCUAGUCCUCGAAAUGCACAGUAAGAGAAAUAAUGGAACGAACAUCAACUAAGUUGUGCUCAUAUUUACCAGGGAAAAGUCGUCUUCCACAACGGUGUACGAGUAAAACAAUUCAUCUCCUUAACCUCUCAGAUUCAACAUAGUGUCUUCCGCCCCGCAAUAUCAAGACACUCCGUGGAAGACUGGUAACGAAAGACUGUAUCUGUCUAUCGAGAAAGUUUGAUAAAGCUCAUAACUCUCACAGACCAUUUCUUAAAAGCGGGAAGAUAGAGAGAUUUGAGAUAUCAGUGCGCAGCUCUGUGAUGUUGGCCCUGAUGUUCUAAUCGUAAGGGUAUCAUCUCAGUCUUACAAUCUUUUAGAAGUUUACAAUUAUAUUUAUUUGGUUAAUGCAUACUGUCGGUCAAGAACACUAACGACGUAACUUUAGAAUCACUGCAGAUAUUUCCUCGUUAGUCCUUUAGUUUUGGAAAUUUCUUCUCUUCUUUUCUCUUAUAUAUUAUGUAAUCGGCAGUUGUCAUGCUAGAUAUACCGGCACACACACACACACACACACACACGCACCCACACACACACACACACACACAUAUAUAUAUUAACGUAAAAAACCUCAGCUGAGCAUUAAAUCUUGGACGGGUUGUUUUGGCACAGCCGAGUGAAUUUCUGAAAUUGUUGCAAUAUUGAAAGAAGUUAAGUUUCGUAUAUAUGAUUUCAUUUUAAUGCUCCAGGCGCCAAGGCCCUUAUAGGCCUCUAUACGUUACAUUAAGAAUCUAGAGCACCGGGGUUGAGCUUGGCAAGAGAAUGAAAGGAAGAAAUAAAGAAAAAGACAAAUAGCAAAAUUACUAAUAGAAUUAUUGUAGACUCGCUAUUAAGGUUCCAAGCCGGUAAAUAUUUAAGUUUGCUUUCAGUGUAAUAUUGACGGCCGUUUUUAUAUCGCGAUUAUUUUUAAAACAGGUUUUAUGCCGAUACUAUUCCAGUAAUCCUGCAUGGGCGGACGACCUCUUGUAUUAUAGACAACUAACUAACGCAGUAAAACGAUGUUUUGCAUUUUACGAGCGUUUUUCAUCUUUUGAUGUCAAAAGAUUUCCUCAACCAAUUUUUCUGCGUUUGGCAGAAAACAAGAGGAAACAAUCAUUAAACGCGGCAAAAAAUUUUUCCAUUGCGACCACAUAUAAAUUGGGAGUCUUAAGUUUCAAAAAGGCUGCUUAGUUCAAAUAAGGAAUUUCUAACAAAGCCAUCGAUAUGCGAGUCUUAAAGUUCAGUGUAUUAGAUCAGCUACUUCAGUGCAAAGAAUAUCAAUGAUUUUAAACAGAGCAAAUUAUCUUGCCGAAAUUAAAAAUCUUACUGAACAUUUCACAAGAAAGGCUUCAAGAAACAUUCCGUUCAUAGGCUUCUUUUUAUGGGCAACUAGAUUUAUAAUGUCUACGUUUCGGAUUGAUUGGCAAACAGAAGUAAACUCCUGCAGUUUUAAAGAAUUGAAGUGCGUGAUCAAUAAAAGUGUUUAGAUGAGAGUCUAUGUUUACAGUCUAAACAGGGUUGUGACGUUCCGAACAUGCGUGUUUUUUUAAGAAAUAUACUUUACAAAAGGACUGGAGGACUCUUUGCCGAGUUCCCACUAUUUCAUCGAAACCGGCCAGAGAUAAUAAUCGUGCAUUGUAAUAAUAAUAAAAAACCUUAUUAAAGUGUCAAACCAUGUAGCCUGAGAGAACCCAUACUAAUAAGGGGACACAUAUUAGUAUAAGAUAAAAUACAGAAUUGUAUAAAACACAAUGCAGAAUUAAAAGACUAAGACAUCUACAUUAAGAUAUGAAUUUUAAGGUGAAAAAAAAGGCAAAAAUGUCAUGUUGAGCAGAGGAUACAGUCUAAACACGUUUGUGUCGUUAUAUACACGCGUCUAAUUUUAAGAAAUAUACUUUACAAAAGCAAAGAAGGACUUUUUCCCGAUGUCCUGAUAUUCAUUGAAACCCAGGGUGAAUGAUCGUGCAUUGAAAGAGUGUACCAAAGUUCUGCGCGUCCGGUUUAAAAAACUCCUUUAAUCAUGCUCCCCCACCCCCCACCCCAUUCGAGAGCAAGUAACGUAAUAUAACAGUAAUUCCUCACUUGAAUUGCCUCAUUAUGUAUAUUUUUCCAUACGUUUAAAAUACAGCCUUCAAAAAUUUGGAUUCGUUUAUGUAAAUUACGUACAUGAACACAAAAACUCCAGAACAAAAUCGUCUCAAACAAAACAAAGACUUUAGGUACCAAAACACCUUAAAAGCCCUAUAUCGCGUGUUGACUGUAAGAUUUUAUGUGAUCUGGGAUGUGCAAAAUGGUUACGCGAUUCACUCUCGAGUCUCUGAAUUGAAUCCUGGCCGAGCGUAGACGAGAAGACUCAUCGCGACGAAAAAGAUAUCUUUCUCACGCUUGUUGCUUAUGAUAUUGACAAAGGAAGAAAUUUAUCCCGAGCGAGAAACAAAAAUGAUUAAACGUCUGGGUGAGAAAAAUAAUGCAUAAGAGAUGUUUUUGCUUUUAAUAAUGUUGGUUAAAUUUCACCAUGCAUACAGUUAAUUUGUCCUUGAAAUUUUCAAAGCGGUAACAACAACAACCGUACUUCGAAAGCAGCUCCGAGAAGAGGAGCAGGUCUUCUUACUGUAUAUUUGACAUAUUUCUUUAUUGAGAAUAUUGAAUUCAUAUUUCAUUUUAUCUUUGAUUAAACUGCUUUUUGUUAUUUUCAUGGCAGCUAACAGAGCUCAGAGAAAAUGCAGCCUUUCUCCUCAAAUUCGCAGUGUAUUCCAUGGCUUGUGGUCCUCAUCAUCGAAUGUCUGGCCAUAGUUGUCCUUAAUAUCAUCACCGUUGUUGUCUUUAUGAAGAAAAAGCGCCAGCUACAGCGGCAGAGUACAUAUUUGAUCAUCCAUCUGGCGAUAGUCGAUCCCUUAGUGGGCCUAGUCUCUGGGCCACUACAGAUUGAACACAUGAUGGGGUGGUUCUGUCCACUAUGGAAUUACAGACAAAGGACUGUUUGGCCUCAUAAUUUAUCUUUUGCAUUUUUACAUUUAUUCUCGUUCACUUCCCUUAUAAACCUUAUUGCUGUUUCCUUAGAACGGCUACACGCAACAUUUUGUCCAUUCAGGCAUCGCUUUGUGAGGAAAUGGGUUCAUAGAGCCGUAAUUAUUGUCAUUUGGUUAAUACCUAUUGUUAGAGAAGCAGCUCAAAUUUUCUUAAGGGGAAUUGCUGAUCUAGUGGUAAUUAAUAUUUACUUGUAUAUCCCAUUUUAUGCAGUUUCUCUAUUUGUUAUCUGUGUAACUUACAUCCUCAUUAUUAUCAAAGUACGGCGUAGUCGUCAUCCUCAAUUCCAUUCUAGGUUCAAAAGAGAAAGAAAACUGACGGGUACUGCGCUCAUCGUCUCACUUGUAUCUUUACUUUGUCUUUUACCAGCGAUGAUAUACGCAGCAUGGCCUCGCCACUCCUCCACUUAUUUGAUAAAUUUUCAUAUUUAUAUCGCUGUGGUAGCUCUAUUUUUAGCUAACUCACUUGUAAAUCCUAUAAUUUAUACUCUUCGGAUGCCAGGACUCAGAGAAGGUUUAUUACAGCUAGUUUACAGGGUCCCAGACCUUUCUAACGCCCCAGUAAACCUGCCACUUCGUACCCUUAGGAGAGCGUAG